AUGAAUUGUAGCAUUAAAGCUCUUAGAGUAGUUAUUGAUAGGAAAUUUUGUUUCAUUACAGCUGAGGCUGUGGCAGGAUCAGCAGCAUGGCUUGGUAGAAGUCUGUCUUGUGUAUGUGUACAGAGAAGAGAUAAUGAUGCUUCUAGAUUUUUUGAUUUAACUCUAGCCCAGGAGGAAUGCUUGCAGAGGCUACAGAGACGAAUACAUGUUCCAUAUGAUAGUUCUAUAAUUGAGCACCAGGAGGCCCUUAGGGCUUUAUGGAAUGCUGCAUUUCCUGAAGAAGAACUUUAUUUUAGGGGUGGUGGUUUUAUUUCUUUGGAGAAUUUUCUCUUCUUUGCUAGGAAUUUCCCGAAAUCGUUCCAGGAUCUUUUAUGGAAGCGGGAAGGAGAUCGGUCCGUGUGGGAAUAUCCGUUUGCUGUUGCUGGUGUUAACAUCACAUUCAUGCUGGUGCAGAUGCUUGAUCUUGAAGCAGUUGAUUUACUUAGUAGAGCAAGGCUUUUUGAAGAAGCAAUGGUUAUAAUAAGAAAAAUUACCAAAUCUUUGAAUGGCUCUGAAGUGACAUUGGCUUGGAGAGCAUUCCUGAGUGCAUGUUGUAACCAUGGAGAAACUCAACUAGCUGAACUUGCUGCUGAAAUUGCGAGCUUGGAUAACCUGCUAGAUCGAUCGGCGAUGGCUUUGGACAAAAGGCCAGAUGUUCGUGAUGCAUCUGGGAAGAUUGCAGAUAUGAAAAGAAAAUCUGAAGCACCCGCAUCUGAAAAACAGUCCAAGGAUUUAAAUUGUGUCAGAGGUAAUGGAAACAUAGAUUCUAUUAAAGAAGUGGAUCAUUUGCUAUGUCUAAAUCUAUAUGUUGUUGAUCGUUUUCUUAAUAGUACAAACAAUUUAUAUUAG